AUGCGGGAGAUGGAGACGCUCACCGGCCACCCUCUGGCCAUCGUCCCUGCUCCCCCUGCACCUCCGCCGGGCUCACCCUCGCCAGCCCAGGCUCCGCCACCCGGCUCGGCGGUGGGGAGAGGUGGCAGAUGGCCAGUGGCAGAGGCGGCCCCAGAACCCUUGGGAACAGCGCUGAGCAUCGACUCCAAUCUACCCUUCCCCGACGUCGUGGGGAGGAGGGUCAAAAAUGGGUCCGUGGCCAGAGAAGGACGGACGGCGGUGAGAUGUGGGUUACGACCUCCUAUUCGGUUUAAGUAUGCGGAAAGGGAAAGGGGAGGUAAAGGCCGGGCAUCCGUCUGUCCCAGCGCACCCAAGACGUCUGCAGGCAGAAAGGACGGCACCGAAAGUCUUCAAAACAAGUUCUGCAAAACGUCAGCCUCGGAGAAAGAUGGAUGGAAAGUCGUGUCCCCUGACACCAGCCCCAGGAGGGGCUACCCCCUCUAUUUCUGCAGGUGCAAAGCUCUCCUGCUGCUGUUCGCUCAGCCCUUAUCCCACGGCAUCUGCCCGGCCUCUCCACCGUCAGCCAAAAAUGAAGGGAGUCUCUCUCCACCACGGGUCUAUCCCGGUGCCCUCACGUUGUCAGCAUCCGGAAAUCUGGGCACAAAAGAAACCCCAACCCAUACAUGCACGUUGCGGUCCAAUUUAACCCAGUGGCAGAGGAGUGAAAAUGCCGGUGAGGCUGCUCGCUUUCCGCAGGGACGUGGCUGGAGCAGAGGGAAGGAGGAGAACCAAGGCCGAGGUUUCACCGCGCCCGCAGCUCAGCCAAGCUGUUGUUUUAAAAGAGCAAUAAAAGUGAAUUAUGACUAAACGCCUUCUCACUUAAUGGUUUUAGACGGGGAUCCCCAGCCCCGGCAAAUACGUAAGAGGAUUUUUAUUUGUGAAUGUGUUCCUGCAAUUGAUCUCUUUGAUGACAUUCUCAUUCAUAGAAAGAGUUUGAUUUAUGACUUUCGGAAGAAUUGCGUUCAGCCCUUCCAGCUAUAACCCACGCAUCCCAGCUCCACAACGUGUUACAGGGCUGGGAGACAGGACUGCUCGCACGGACGGACAGCGGAGCCGCGUUCACAACCCCCCACCCGAGCCCCACUCGCCCGUGUAAUGCAACCACUCGCACUCACUGCACGCAAGGAGCCGCGAACGUCCCCGCCUGGGAUCCCCCGGCC